ACAAGUUGGUCAGGAAGCCGCACCGCAGCCAUGGCUUUUAAAGAUACUGGAGAAACACCUGUGGAGCCAGAGGUGGCCAUUCACCCAAUUAGAAUUACUUUAACCAGCCGCAACAUGAAGUCCCUGGAGAAAGUGUGUGCUGACUUAAUCAGAGGUGCAAAGGAAAAGAAUCUCAAGGUGAAAGGACCAGUUCGGAUGCCAACCAAGACAUUGAGAAUCACUACAAGAAAAACACCUUGUGGUGAAGGUUCUAAGACUUGGGAUCGUUUCCAGAUGAGAAUCCACAAGCGACUCAUUGAUUUGCACAGUCCUUCUGAGAUUGUUAAACAGAUUACUUCCAUCAGUAUUGAACCAGGAGUCGAGGUUGAAGUCACCAUUGCAGAUGCCUAAGUCAACUAUUUUAAUAAAUUGAUGAUC